GAAAAAUACGGAUAAUCAGCGCGUAUUUAUAUUUUUGCGGAAAAUCUCUCAGUAAAAUUCAUUUGAUUGAAAAUCAGUUAGCUGAUAACUUUAUGGAGAAGACGUUUGAUCAGAAAGUCACGAUGCCCGAGGAAAAGAGUCCCGAAGUGGAAGGAGAUACGAAGCGAAAAUUUCGUCGGAAGGUUUGGGUGAAUUUAACCAGGAAAGAAGCGGUGAUUUUAUCGUCUAACAAAUCGCACAAUAGGAUACCAAAUUUUAAGGGUGCAGCUGAAGCAGCUAAACGUUUAACGGAAUUGGAAGAAUUUAAGGAAGCUAAAAUCAUCAAAAUUAGUCCGGAUAAGCCGCAAGAGACUGUGAAGAACUUGGCGUUGGAAAAUGACAAGAAAGUUCUUUUGCCGAAACAAAGAUUGAGAAAUGGUCUUUUCAAUCUUGUCACUCGCGUAACUGACCCAACGGAAGAGGAACAAAAGUUAGUUAUAACGAAACAUGGCAUCCAACAAAUCGAAGAAGCAGUCGGUUUACAUUCAGAUAUUAAAGUGGAUCUGGUAGUUUUGGGUUCGGUGUGCGUGAGUCCUACAGGACACAGAGUUGGCGAUGGCGAAGGAUAUGCAGAUCUGGAAUUUGCAUUAAUGUCAAGGAUGGGAGCUGUGAGUGCUGACACCAUUGUCGUCACCACUGUUCACGAUUGUCAAAUAAUUGAGGAUCUUCCGUCUCAUCUUUUUCAAUCGCACGAUUUACCUGUAGACAUUAUUGUCACGCCAACUCAAACCAUUAUAGUCAGUGAGAAGCUUAAAAAGCCCGAUUCAGUUAUUUGGAGCAUCCUCAGCAAUAGACGAUUAAAAUCCAUGCCAAUUCUUCAGCAAUUGAAAGAAGAAGAGGAGAAAGAAGGAAAAGAGGUUGUAUUGAAAGAAGAUGAUUCUGAUGAAGACGCAAUUUACCAGGAGAGGACCAAACUUAAACGCGUUAUUGGAAAGGUUCGACUAAAGAUCAAACGUAAUCUCUUGAAUUCAACAAUAGAAAGCGGAGAGGGUGACAAAGAAGACAAAAAACGAUUUGUCAGACGACGUUCAUCUCACAAACGUAGAGGAGAUGGAGACAAUAAUGUGUCAAUUGAGACUGAUAUAUCCGCGAAUAAGGAUAGACCCCGUCGUCCCUUUUACAAAUCACGUCCAAGAAGUCAAAUAGAUUUUUCUUUGAAGCUCUCGAAUAUCUCGUCUACUGUUCGAGUACGAGAUUUAAAAAACGCUUUAUCUGAACGUGGAGUGAAACCCAAUGACAUCACCUGGCGAGGACAGCGUGGUUUUUGCUAUCUUCACUUUGGCAAAUUGAGAAAUGCCAAAUCGGACGAGGAGCAUCAACCAGUGCAAGUUGAUUCUGUUGUAGCGAAUUUACAACAAUUGAAAAUCGGUGAAGUGCCUGAAACUAUGGAUAAUGUUUUUAUUGUUGUUGAACCAACAAAACCAGCAGGAAAACCCGAAGUAGUUGCUGUAGUCGAGGAGGCAAAACCGAUUACAAAAAUCGAAGUAACCGACGCAACGUCGGUUUAAUCUCAUUUAUCAUUUAGAAAAAAAGAAAAGCUCACUUUACAGCAUUGCUGGUUAUUUGUUCUGCUUUAUCGGAUUUAGUCUGAUUCAUUUUUUUUCUUUUAAGCGAUGUGAUCGCGUCUUGAUUAUAUCGAUACCGAUAUAGAAAUCCUAUGAAGAAUUUAUUUUUUUUUAGUUCGAAUUUUGCAUUGACUGCACGUCUUAGUUUAUUAUUGAAACGAUAUCCGAGAGAGGAUGAGAAGUCACAAUGCUGUAAAUUUCGUAAAGUUUUGUUCACGUAUAUUAAUACGUGGUUUUUUUUUAUUUUUCAUUUAUUUUUUUUCAGAAAAAAGUAAAACUUUCGAAAACUUUGAGCUUAGUGAAUAAAAAAAAAGUUAGCAAGAUAAUGAGAGAGAAAAAAAACAAAAGCGGUGUCUCAAAGAAAAACGAAAAUCUGAUCCUUAGCUCAGGACAUUUAAUCACAUAGACUGAAAAAUGUUUUAAGAGAAGAAAAAAAUUUCUAAAUAGAGAAAUUAAUCCCAUGAAGAAAUUCCAAAAGGUUUUUGGAAAUAGAUUCUUUAUUCAGUAAAUUAGUUAUCUAUUUUUUCGAAAAAGAAAAAAAAUAUAAUCUAAUUACGUAAGAAAAAGUGUAUAAAAGUAUGAAAAUGCAAUACUUUGUGUGAUAUUAUUUGAUUAUAUACGAUAAAGGUUAUCAUUUUAUAAAAAAUGGUAUACGAGAAUUAAUUAUGGAAUAAAAAAUGUUUUUUUUUUUAUUUAUUUUCCAUUCGUCGAUAGAAUGUUCACUGAUGAUUGUUCAGUACAUUUUCAUUAUUACACAAUUGUUAUUGGAAAAGAAUAAGUAUGAAAUUUUUUCGAAAAGAGACACCUUUUCCGUUGAAUUUGGUUUUUCACAAAAAGCAUGUGAUUUUUUUUUGACUGGAUUUGCGAAUUAGCAAAAAUAAAAAAAAAACAUGCUAUGAAAGUAUUUUUUUAUCUCGAGAAGCGAAAGAAGAUGAAAAAACUGUAAUUUUCGAAAUUCCUGUAUAAACAGUGUGUUAAUUCGAUAUUAACAUUCUUCCAAGUAAAUGUAUUUUUAUUGAAUACAAAUAUUUGACGAAUAA